AUGCGCCGGAGGAAUCGGAAGAAGGGAUACAAGGCGGCUGACACAGAGCUGCGUCAGACGAUCGUCAACUUCAACGAAGAGGGCGAUCACGAGCAGGACAACACCAAGUUUGACCUGAGCAGGCUGCAGCUGACCGACGAACAGAAGAAUUUGCCUUCCCUGACCUCGUCCCCUGCGACUUCGCAGAGGAGACGGGCCGACGGGCUGCAGGGCGCCGUGGCUGUGCCGCCGCCAUCCACCCAGGACGCCCUGAACGACAAGCCACCGGCGCUGGACGACAAGGACGGCAUCGGGGCCCAGGAUGACCUGCGGAACUAUGCCUACGAGGGAAACGAUAGCUCCGCCGGGUCACUCUCCUCCAUCAACUCAGGCACCACCGACGGGGACCAGAACUUCGACUACCUGCAGGAGCUGGGCCCCCGGUUCCGCCGUCUGGCCGACCUGUACGGCGACGAGGCCGACAUGAGCAGUAGCGACGGGGACGACGGUCCCCUGCUGGUGCCGGGGUCGGAGCCGACCGAGUCGUGGUGCUGA